AUGGCGCCAUCAUGUCACUUCUACGGCCGAGGCAACUGCCGCAAUGGGGAGUCCUGUCGCUUCUCUCACGAGCCGUCGAAGGAGAGUAAGCCUGUUCCCGAGAAAGAUGUCAUCAACUCCUUGACCGACGCCAAUCGCUUCUUGAGGAGCAUAAACAAGCAUAAGAACACCGAUGUGGUGCUGGGAAAGGUCCAUGAUCUCCGAGACAAGCUCAAUACUUUCAUUCGUGAACUUGCCCAUGCGGAACUGCGGAUUUUAUUUGAAGUAUUGGGCAGAUGCGCUGUUGCAUUCGACAAAGGCGCGUACGAAGAAGUCAUAAGAAGCCUGAGCGCUAAUGUGAUUAUGUCAAUACCGCCGUUUGUGAGCCAGCUUAUGUCACCAAUAGGGUUGGUCAGCUGUAUGCGCGUGCUGGUGGAGGUGGGGAGGGUCGACCCGGUGGCAGCAGCGCUAAUCCCGGUAGAGUUGUUGGCGAGCCGCGCUGAGGUCCUGGCUUGCACAGAGGAGCUUACUGAGGUUCAUCUGAGGCAAAUUCAAUUUUAUAAGAGCGGUGGGGCGUUGAGGAAUUUCAAGGCGAGUCGUGACCGCAGGCACCCAGCCGAGCUGAAUUCGGAUGAGGAGGAGCUCUACGAGGCGCUUAUGAUGGAAGAGCGUCUCAUGCCAUCUCUGGCCGAGAUCACUGAUGACGGGGGGCAGUUGGAGGCUCUGAGGAAGCUGAAGAACCGCGAGGCAGAAAAAUGGGGGUCUUCUAGCCCAGCUGAAGUGCUCUUGUACAGAGCUACUCACUACUACUGUUUGCGACAGGAGUUUCUGGUGCCGCUGAAGGAGGCCUUGGUCCACUCUUUAGGUUUGGUGACUGAUUCUGGUAUUCCUCCAAAGGCGAUGUGCUACAGUCAUGUGACGGCGUUAAGGCAGCCGUUCGGGGUGUCUGGUACCACUGAGGCCUUCAUCCAAGUCCGCUUCGUCUGCCCUCGACCAGUCGACUUCACUCUUGGCAGUCAUCUCAUCUACGGCUCUCUGGUGGUCCUCUUCAGGACGUCUACCGGCACCCCCUUUGGCGAGCCUGACUCGGAGUCGUUGGUAUAUGCUACUGUCGAGAACUUCGACCUACGCCGAACAGGUGGUAUGCGCUCUAAUAGCGGCACGGUUGGUCUGUCCUUCGACGAUGACAAUUUUCGCCGUUUCCAGUUUGACGCCGAAUACUGCAUGCUGGAGAGCCCCGACUACUUCAUGGCCAAGCGCCCCGUAUUCGACUUCUUGCGCAAUGAGGAUCUACUGCGUGGCAUGCCUCUAUUGCCUGCUGUGCUCGGCACGGUUGAGCCCAGUGUCGAUCCACCGCCGUACCAGAUGGGAUCGAAGGUGGACCUGUCACCGCUGUACGUGGGAGCUGGAGAGGGCACGGUCGUGGGUGACCCGCUGAAGCCCUGGCCGAAGCUCACUGGCAAGCCUAUCGAGUUGGAUGCAGCUCAGCAGGAGGCCUUGAAACACAUCCUGAAGACUCCGGUGGCGAUUGUGCAGGGUCCUCCCGGUACUGGCAAGAGCUACCUUGGAGUGAAGUUUGCCCGAAUCGCGAGGGGAGUGUUGGACUUCAAGCACUACGAGGAGCCGAUAUUAGCGGUGACUCUCACCAACCAUGCCUUAGACCAGUUCCUUGUCGACCUCCUGCCCUACAUGGAAGGUAAGAUAGUGCGAUUCGGUGGCCGAUCGCAGACGGAGAAUGAGGAGCUACAGCGAUGCCAUCCUCGGUUCAAGUCUAAAGAGACCCGAGAUGAAUACCAAAAACGGAAGAAAUUCCGCGACAAGUUGUUUGGCAUUCGCCAGACUUUGAAUUCUGUCGUGGCCCUCUACCAAGGAGGAGAUGCCCAGCAGCUGUGCGCUCUCGCCUAUAUACCGUUGAGUCUAUUCCGGAAGAUCCUAAGGCCCCCAGGAACUGCUAAUCGCUUUUGGGCUCCCGGUGGGUACUCCCGUCAACGUACGUUUGGGUCUUUACCAGAGGAGGUUCGUCGAGGAUUGAUGAAGAUGAUGGUCACUGGUGCCGACAAAGAGGUGAGGAGGCUGUUCGAGCAUGCCAUACCGGAGCCGGAGGAGGAGGACGGGGAUGGCGAGGAAGGCGAGGAAAUCGAUCUGGAUAGAAUACAGUUGAUUGAAGGAGAGCGUCAGUUCGAUGAGUUGGGUGGCGUUGAGGAAAUGCAAGAUGAGCAAGAUGGGGUGGUGGCACCAGUAGAGGAGGGCGCGAUGGACCGGCCUCUGUAUGACGACUGUGAUAAUGUGAGGAUCAGUAAGGAGUGGAGGAGCGACUUCUCGAUGGCUGUGGUUUUGCAGAGACGGAUACGGUCGAAAUUGGAAGAGUCUUUGAAUGCUAAGAUCGUUGCUGCUGCGUGCCAUAAUGGUGUGCAUGAGGCUGGCAAGAAAGCUGUUCGUGGAGGGAGUCGUCGUGAUAAGAGAGGGGUUUUGGAGGCUGUAGGAGCGGCACUGGAAGGCCCGAUGAAGGCAAGACUACAUCAGCUGUAUGCAGACGGACGGGAUAUGGCUAAGUCGUAUGCACAGCAGAGGAAGGCUCUGGCUCUACGGGCGUGUCGGGGAGCUAAGCUCGUUGGGAUGACCAGCACGUACGCGGCGUUGAAUAGAGACCUCCUGCAUAGGCUGGGCCCGAGGGUGGUGGUCAUUGAGGAGGCGGGGGAGCUCUUGGAGUGUCAGCUCGUCGCGAGUUUGUCGUCGCCGAAUUUGCAGCAUUUGGUUAUGAUUGGCGACCAUCAGCAGUUGAGGCCGAAAGUGAAUGUCUAUGACCUGACCAAGAAGAAUCAUUUCGACAUCUCCCUCUUUGAAAGGCUUAUCAACGUUGGUGUUCCCUUUGCAAGGUUGAACACGCAGCUGAGAAUGCGGCCAGAGGUGAGUCAGUUGGUGAAGCACUUCUACGUGGACGGCUUGACGGACCAUGACAGGGUGAAGGGCUAUGACCGAGUCGGAGGCGUGGCGACUGAUGUGUAUUUCGUGGAUCAUCGGGAGAAGGAGCAAGCCUUUGAGGGGACCUCGAAACGCAACGACUUUGAGGCUAGGUUUGCCGCAAGGUUGGCGUCGUACUUGGUCCGAACACAGCAGUACAACGCUGAGGAUAUCACGUUGCUCACUCCGUAUAUUGGGCAGAAGAGGCUCAUUAGGAGUUACCUCGAUGGAGAUCUGAAGAGGAGCGCUGAUGGUGUGAAGGCGGGCGCCCGUGUGGUGACCAUUGACGACUACCAAGGGGAGGAGAAUAAGGUUGUUAUACUCUCUUUGGUGAGGUCUAAUAAGGCCCGGAAGGUGGGCUUCACUGGCAUUGAAAACCGCGUUAUUGUGGCUAUGUCACGGGCAAAGGAGGGUAUGUAUAUACUGGGAAACGCGGAGAUGUUCGAGAACGAGGCCAACUGGGAAGUCAUCGUAGCUCGGCUGAGGGCUCAGGCGCGAAUUGGACCGGCGUUGACACUGCAGUGUCGAGUGCAUCCAGACCAGUUUGAACAAGUUGCCAGGCCGGAGGAUUUCCUGCAUGUAAAGGAUGGUGGCUGUCGACUCCCCUGCCGUCGCUUGCUGGACCGCUGUGGUCAUAGGUGUCCGCUGAACUGCCAUGUGUUUGACCACGCUCAAGUUUGCUGUGAUAAGCCUUGUGACAGGGCGAGGCCGGCAGGGUGUGGCCAUAGAUGUAGCCAUCUCUGUUGGGAAUGCACUAGGGCCGGCUCGACCCCAGAGGACCCCUGUCCGACCCCUUGCUCGGCUCUGGUGCUUGCGAGGUUGAGCUGUGGCCACACGAAGAAUGUGAGGUGUCACUAUCGCGAGGAUGAGGUCGAGUUGAGAUGCCAUAGAGCGGUGACGGUGGAGCUCCCAUGUGGGCAUCCUUUGGCCACCUCCUGCUUCAAGUCUCAGAGGCCCGUCACGGAGCUGCUCUGUGAGUUCACUAAGAAAGUCCGAGUUGAAGCUUGUGGUCAUGAAGUCACUCAGAAGUGCCAUGAUGUUCCUAGAUGUGGUCAACGGUGCGAACAGGAGCUCACCUGUGGUCACGUGUGCCCGAAAAGGUGUUAUCCUCCACAUUCCCAUGAAGGGGUCCAGUGUGAGGAAGCCUGUGAGGAGACGCUGGCUUGUGGUCACUACUGUGAGGAGAAGUGUGGGCAACCUCAUACGCGUCUGUGUAGGGAGGAAUGUGGCCUCCAGUGUCUGCAUGGGUAUACCUGUGGCAAGCCCUGUAAUGAGCUCUGCGUGCCCUGUCGAGAGAAGUGCCUGUGGAAGUGCUCACAUUACGAGUGCACGAAGCUGUGUUAUCAGCCUUGUGACCGUCCUAGAUGCGAUCAUCCAUGUGAACGGGAGUUGGAGUGUGGGCAUGCGUGCCAGGGAUUGUGUGGUGAGCCCUGUCCCCUGUGCCCGGUCUGUUACCAUGAUGUGGCAUGUGGUAUCUCCUUUGAGGACAUUGGCUCGGCGGUGGCGACUGGGGGUAGGGUCUACACUCUACCAGAAUGCGGUCACACCUUCUACUUGGACGGUCUGGACCAAUAUAUGAAGUAUAAUCCUACUCGUGGAGAGCACCAGGCCAUUCAGCUGAGGGCGUGUCCGGUAUGCAGAGAGCCGAUAUUCACCGCUCCAAGAUACGGUAACAUCAUCAAAGCCCAGUUGGAGCUGGUGGCUAGGGUCAAGGAAAGGUUCAUAGCCGCCUCGAGGGAGUUGACUCUCCAAGAUCGUCAAGAGAUCAACAGGGCGAUGCAGAGCGAACGAGGAGUGCUAGGGGCUGCUGCUGGGCACUGGAAUGUCGACAUCAUCGUUCGUCCGAAAGUGGGUUAA